AUUAACUAUAUAAAUUGUACAUUGGUGUGUUUAUGUAUAUACAGAUAUAUUUACUUCUUAUCUGUACAAAUUUCAGAGUAUUUUGAGGAUAUAAAUAUUGAUAAUUAAUAAAGAUGCUUGAUUAUUGAUGAAUAAUAAAUUUUAAACAAAUACUCACAAUGGCAAUGAGAAAACGAAGUGGUUCUGGCUCAAAACGCCAGCAUAAAGGUAAAUUAAUUCCUAUUUAUGAAAGUUUAUUCAAAGGAGAAGAUUUAACGUCAGGACAUCCUAAUUUUUGGAAUGAAGUGUUUCUAAUUAAACCGAUAGUACCUCACAUAGAAAAUGAAAUUUUAAAAAUGUCAGCCGAGCAAUUGUCAACAUGUAAAAACAAUUUAAACGCAUUAGUGUGUCAUUCAAUCGACACACUAAUAGACGAGCACCCGUUCCGCGUGGUGUAUGCCCUGCAAACCUUAGCCGCAGUGAUCCAAUCAAUCUACAAAAAAGCUAGUCAAAAUGGGUGUGAUUUCAAUUUAAUAGACGUCUUAAUUGGCUUAAAGGACGCUGAGGAGCGUAUGACAACCUUAAUGCAGCACUGCAACACAUUUUUACUAGGAGAAUACCCCGACAGCUUAAAAGCGCUUUGCCUUAAACUCUUAUUAAUAAUAGUCACUGGAAUGGACAAUCUCAGCCAGAAUAGUUUGCUGGAGUACGUGAUGGUAAACGGAGUAUUUGAGUCAUUAAUUCAAUUAUUACGAGAAACAACUUUGAGAAAUCGUCACGGGCACGAUGCAGUGCUGCUUUUAACUCUGUUAGUAAAUUACAGAAAAUACGAAAGUACUAACUCGUAUAUUGUUAAAUUAUCAAUUCUUGAUGAUGAAUUAGCAUUGAAUGGAUACAGCCAAGUAAUUUCUGGAUCAUUGAUAGAAUUUUGUAGAUUAUUUGUCCAGCAAAAAGCGGAAGUACAAGCCAGCUGGCUGUCAUCAUUGACAAGCAUGGUCGGCAGCAUGUUUGUCGGCGAAGAAGAAGCCAAGACUCAGCAAGUUCGCGCGAACAACGCGCUGCUGCUGGCUCUUUAUGAAGCGACACAUCUUAACAGAAAUUUUGUGACAACUUUAGCAUUCACCAAAAGUGACACCAGCGCUCCGCCUUCGCCUAACAACACCCUGGGGCCCAAUGCGGUAGCUCCUGGGUCCCAACCGCCGGAUGUGAUAGCUCAGCCAUUUAAUUUACUCGCUAUAUUUUUACAAUACUGCUCAAUAGUCAUGCAAGCAAUUAAAACUGAGGCUAUUUUAAAUAAUGUUAAGUUAUGCUUUCUUAUACUAAGCUGCAUCGCUGAAGACCAGUAUGCUAAUAAUCUGAUGCAUGAUGCUAAUCUGGCAUUCAGAGUCCAGCUUCAUCGGAUGCCGAUGUACCAUAGGAAAAUUCAGGAUAAAGUUGCACCUACUCAGCCACUUGCUGCUACUCUUUUGGAUCUUCUGGUUGAAUUCAUUACGUCUCAUAUGAUGAAAAAAUUUCCUCUUGAACUGUAUCAUCAGUGCAUAGGGGUGCUGCAGAGAUUGCUGUGCUACCAAAAGAGAUGCGGAGUGAGACUUAGGUACCAGUGGAAAGAGCUUUGGACCGCGCUGUUUAAUCUUCUUAAAUUUUUAACUACUCACGAAGCGCAUCUUGUUAAAAAAAUGAAUAUUUUCCCGUUAGCUAUACAAAUUGUCAAUAUUUUAAAUCUUUUUAUUACUUAUGGUGACACUUUUUUGUCACUACCGAGUAGCUAUGAUGAAUUGUUUUAUGAAAUUAUAAGAAUGAGACUUAUUUUUACAAAUUUAAAUGCUAUGGCCCUUAGAUAUUCAACGACUGAAUCAUAUGAAUAUAAAGAACAUGCAUUGAAGCUGAUGAAUAGUCUUGUCAAUAUGCGAGAUAUUGUAAACCAUUUUCCACCAAAAAUAUCAGCUUGGUUAGCGAGCGAAAGUCUAUCAACACCAACUGAACAACAAAUUCUUGCUAUUAUCAUACAAAAUUACGACACACUUGCUUUGAAAUUACAAGAUAAUUUAGAUCAAUAUGAAAGAUACUCGGAAAAGCCAAACCACACGACAUUCUUUGAAGAAAUGGUAACUGGGAUUAUUAUUGACACGCGAGCUUCAAUAAAUUUAAAUGCACUAGACACACAAGCUAUUCUUCAAGAACUAUCAAAUAUAUCAUAACGCUUAAAAAAAUUCCUUGCGAUCUCAAAUUGCUUGAAACUAAAAAAUAAUAAAACGAAA